CUAAGGCUCCCUCGGGUUCCCGCGGGCGCGUACUCCUGCCGCCGCGGCGCGAUGGAGGCGCCGGCGGAGCUGCUGGCCGCGCUACCGGCGCUGGCCACCGUGCUGGCGCUGCUGCUCGCCUGGCUGCUGGUGCGGCGCGCACCGGCCGCGAGCUCGGACCCCGCCGGCGCGUCCCCGGAACCCGCGCCCCCGGCCGAGGCCAGCCGGACCUCCGCGCCGCCCAGCUCCGGAGCCCCGGAGCCGGCGGCCGCGCCCGAGGAGCGGGAGGAGCCCGCAGGGCCGGUGGAGGCGGAGGAAAAGGCCGCCGAGGCGAAGCAGGAGGAGCAGGAGCAGGAACAGGAACAGGACUGCGAGGAGGACACAACCCCGGCAGAGCCCGAGGAAGAGGAUGGAGGAGAGGCCUUCUCCUUCCGGUACAGCCCCGGGAAGCUGCGGGGGAACCAGUACAAGGAGAUGAUGACCAAAGAGGAGCUGGAGGAGGAGCAGAGAGUUCAGAAAGAACAGCUGGCGGCCAUCUUCAAGCUCAUGAAGGACAACAAGGAGACGUUCGGCGAGAUGUCCGACGGCGACGUGCAAGAGCAGCUCAGGCUCUACGACAUGUAGGCUACCACCCCUGCCGCCCAGCGCGACGUCCACAACUGCUGCGCCGUGACUCUGCCCUGACCCGUGACCCCAGCCCUGGUUACUUUCAGACUUCUGUAGUCUUCAUGUAAUCUUAUACCCACAGAUGUAGAGACGCAGAGGUACCUGAUACACAGAUUUGCUCAGUUCUUGCAAUUUCUGUAUCACGUUACAGGAAUCAGGACUUCGGUCCUCAGGGGGGAUGGUCCCAGACUUCUCUGGCUUCUGCCUGCGGGCGAGGCUCCCCUCCAAGGCUGUCUUCUGAUCCCAGUUACCUCUUCCACACAGACCCAGGGCAGGUGGCAGCCUGGGAGGGACGAUUUGAAGGCACAGCCCCCAGAACAUGCUGCGGAAGGGAUGCAGGGUGCUGGGGGGAAGACGAACAUUAGGGCCUGCGGCCUGGGUCCUGUCUAAUAACACUACGCUCUCGCUCUGCCUUAGGAGGAUUUCUGGAAGGUUCUGUAACUGUAUGAAGCCAGCAGCAGGGGAGCACCCUUUUAGCAAAAAGGCUAAUUCAAUCUCACCUUCCAUCCUGGAACAAAACAACUACCCAAGUUAAGCCCCUCUUAAGAGUUUCAUUUAAACAUAAGACUUACUUUACACACAAUUAAGGCUUAUCUGAGUGCUUAUGACGCACCUAGAACUAUGCGAGGCCCUACAGACAGAAGGACGAAACUGUGGGGCACAGUGCCCACCUUCAGGAAGGUUAGAGUCCCUCGGAGCAGACGGGCACGUGUGCAGGGAGGGGAACCACGCCAGCCGCAGUCGGUAAAACGCCAGAAUGACCUCACGGGCCAGGGCCUGGGACACCGUAUGAGAGCAGCGCGUUCCUGUGCAUCGGUGAGUGCGUGACGUCGGAAAUCACAGGGGUGCCUCUGUGCGGCUCAGGCCUUGUUUCUGAUCACCCCACGGGCAGAAAAUUUCAUAGCCAACUGAGCGAGGGGGAACCCAUGAAGUUCUUAUAAAUACUUAUUUGCUGAAAUAAAACUAAAUCAGCCCUGACCGGUGUGGCUCAGUGGGCCAGGUAUCAUUCCGCAAAGCGAAAGGCCGCCGGUUCAAUUCCCAGCCAGGGCACGUGCCUGGGUUGCGAGGCAGGUCCCUGGAUGGGGUGCAUACGAGAGGCAACUGAUCCAUGUUUGUCUUGCACAUCAAUGUUUCUCUCCCUCUCUCCCUCCCUUCCCUUCUAGCUAAAAAUAAAUAAAAUAUAUUUUUUGAAAACUUAAACCAAAACAGAAUUAA